AGCGUGUUCCUGCGGAGCUGCAGGCUGUCCCUCUGGGCUCUGCUCAGCGCGGGGCUCCUGGGGCUCUGCUACCUCUUCUACGACAACCACCAGUGGUGGCCCAGCGUGACCCCCGAGCGCAGCCACCCCACGACCUGGGCAACCCCCAGCGUCUCCCAGCCCUGGACUCUGCCCACCCCUGCCCCGUGCGUGGCCAACGCCUCGGUGCACAACGUCUCUGGGUUCUCCCAGCUGCCCGGCCACGCCAAGAGGCUCAACAGGCUGCUGCGGCUGGAGCAGCGGGAGCACGGGGACGUGCUGCAGUGGGACUUCAGGGACACCUUCUUCAACCUGACGCUGAAGCAGGUGCUCUUCCACGCCUGGCUGGAGGAGCGCUGCCCCGGCGUCCGCUUCGUCUUCAACGGCGACGACGACGUCUUCGUCAACACCGACAACGUCGUCCGCUUCGCCGCGGGCACCCGGGAGCAGCACCUCAUGGUGGGGCAACUCAUCGUGAACACGGGGCCCAUCCGGCGCCCCGGGAGCAAGUGGGGGGGGAUCCUCAUGUCCUGCCCCACCGCCCUCCGCAUCGCCCGCGCGUCGCGGGACCUCGACAUCUUCCCCAUCGACGACGUCUACCUGGGGAUGUGCUUGGAGAGGGCAGGGCUGCUGCCCGCCUCCCACCCCGGCGUCCGCAACGUGGGCCUGUGGGUGCCGGCCCAAUCCGACCCCUUCGCCCCCC